CUGCUGGUGGUUGCCUCGGGGGGAAGGGCCUUGCGCUGCGCUGCGUCUGCGAGCGAACAAUCUCGCGUAGUCUUGCCACGGCGCUCGGUGUCUUCCUACCUCUCUGUAUGGACGGCCGGAGGGGAGCGGGGGACGCGGGGAUUGUUGUCGUCGGCGGCGCCGCAGCAGCGUCUUUCCGGGCCGCGGCGAUGAUUUGAUCACGGGGACAAACGAAGGGGGCGCGUGGCGGAAAACGACGGAGACGGACGACGGGAGCGCGAGCGCGAGCGGAGAGCACGAGCGGGAGGAGCGGGAGGAGCGGGCUCAGCCGUCGGAGAUGUGCGGCCGGGCCGAGAUUGCGGCGGUAUCCCUGUCUAGGCCUGGACUGAGCAGAUUGUUCUGAGAGGAAGCGGAUAACAAACAGGGGAAGUGAACAUGGCAGGGACCUCGGGCUUCUUUUCCAACGGACCUGUUCCGUGGAUGGACAACGACACGGAGAUGAACAACCUCUACCGAGACCUGGAGGUGGGGACAGUACUGACACUCUUCUAUUCCAAGAAGUCCCAGCGGCCAGAGAGAAGGACGUUUCAUGUCAAGCUGGAGACCAGGACUAUUAUCUGGACCCGGGGCACAGAUAAAAUAGAGGGAGAGAUUGACAUACGAGAGAUCAAGGAGAUCCGUCCUGGACAGAAGUCGCGGGACUUUGAGCGCUAUGUGGAGGACUCGGCAGGGCGGCUGGACCAGGCUCACUGCUUUGUCAUCUUGUACGGCACCGAGUUUCGCCUCAAGUCGCUCAGCCUGGCAGCAACUUCUGAUGAGGAGAUGACCAUGUGGGUGAAGGGGUUGAACUGGCUUGUAGCUGACACACUGAAGUCACCAACCCCACUUCAGAUCGAGAGGUGGUUACGCAAGCAGUUCUACUCGGUUGACCGCAACAGAGAGGACAGGAUAUCCUGUAAGGAUCUGAAGAGCAUGCUGAGCCAGGUCAACUACAGGGUGCCCAACAUGAGGUUCCUCCGAGAGAAACUUCCGGACUCCGAGCUGAGGAACGGAGACGUGUCCUUCAGCCAGUUUGCCCAUCUCUACCGCAGCCUCAUGUUUGAUGCUCAGAAAAACCUGGAGAUCCCAUUUCUACAAAGGUUCAUUGACAGACCAGAACAGAGGAUCUCCCUAGAGGACUUAAAGGGCUUCCUCCUGGAGUCUCAGAAGGAUACGUGGGCUACAGACAACAACAAGGUUCAGGAGUUCAUGUUUGGCUAUCUGAAAGACCCCCUGAGAGAAGUGGAGCAACCUUAUUUCCACCAAGAUGAGUUCCUGACGUAUCUGUUCUCCAAAGAGAACACCAUCUGGGAUUCCUCCCUGGACCUAGUGUGUCCUCAGAAUAUGAACAACCCCCUGUCCCACUACUGGAUCUCCUCCUCGCACAACACCUACCUGACGGGGGACCAGUUUUCCAGCGAGUCGUCCCUGGAGGCGUACGCUCGCUGUCUGAGGAUGGGCUGCCGCUGCAUUGAAUUGGACUGCUGGGAUGGUCCUGAUGGAAUGCCAGUCAUCUACCACGGACACACCCUUACAACAAAAAUCAAGUUUUGUGAUGUCCUGACCACCAUCAAAGAGCAUGCCUUCGUCACAUCUGACUAUCCCAUCAUCCUGUCCAUCGAGGAUCACUGUAGUAUUGUGCAGCAGAGGAAUAUGGCCACUAACUUUAAGAAGGUGUUUGGAGACAUGCUGCUGACCAAGGCAGUGGAUAUCGUGGCAGAUGGCCUGCCCUCACCUAACCAGCUCAAGAGGAAGAUCCUCAUCAAGCAUAAGAAGCUUGCAGAAGGCAGUCCCUAUGAGGAGGUGUCCACCUCCACUCCCUACUCCGAGAACGAUAUCAGCAACUCCAUAAAAAAUGGCAUCCUGUACCUGGAAGACCCAAUUAACCAUGAGUGGUACCCUCAUUUCUUUGUCCUGACCAGCAGUAAGAUCUACUACUCAGAGGAGACCUCCAAUAACCAGGGUAACGAUGAUGAGGAGGAGCACAGAGAGGUGUCCAAUGGUAUGGACCAGCAUGUGACAGAGAAAUGGUUCCACGGGAAGUUGGGUGCAGGGCGAGACGGUCGGCAGAUAGCCGAGAGGCUGCUGUCCGAGUACUGCCUGGAGACGGGAGCUCCCGAUGGCUCCUUCCUCGUCCGGGAGAGCGAGACAUUCGUGGGAGACUACACGCUGUCAUUCUGGCGUUCAGGUCGAGUGCAGCACUGUCGGAUCCACUCUCGUCAGGAGGCGGGCAGCCCCAAGUUCUACCUGACUGAUAACCUGGUGUUCGACACGCUCUUUGCCCUGAUCACUCACUACCAGCAGGUGGCGCUGCGGUGCAAUGAGUUCGAGAUGAAGCUGACUGAGCCAGUGCCUCAGACCAAUGCCCAUGAAAGCAAAGAGUGGUACCAUGCAAACCUCUCCAGGAGCCAUGCUGAGAACAUGUUGAUGAGGGUUCCCCGUGACGGGGCUUUCCUUGUCAGGAAGAGGGCAGAACCCAACUCAUUUGCCAUUUCCUUCAGGGCCGAGGGUAAGAUAAAGCACUGUCGUGUGCAGCAGGAGGGUCAGACCGUGGUGCUGGGCACCUCAGAAUUUGACAGCUUAGUAGAUCUCAUCAGCUACUAUGAGAAACACCCUCUGUACCGCAAAAUGAAGCUGCGCUACCCCAUCAAUGAAGACACACUGGAGAAGAUAGGCACUGCUGAGCCAGACUACGGGUCACUGUACGAGGGCAGGAAUCCAGGUUUUUACGUGGAGGCCAACCAGAUGCCCACAUUCAAGUGCACUGUGAGAGCCAUGUACGAGUAUAAAGCCCAGAGAGACGACGAGCUCUCCUUCACCAAAAACGCCGUCAUCUCUAAUGUGGACAAACAGGAAGGAGGAUGGUGGAAGGGCGACUGUGGAGGCAAGAAGCAGCUGUGGUUUCCUGCCAACUACGUGGAGGAGAUCAGCCCAUCAGCGGCAGAGCCCGACAGAACCGAGAUAACUGAGAACAGCCCUCUGGGAGAUCUGCUGAGGGGAAGUGUGGACGUGUCUUCCUGUCAGAUUGUCGUGCGUCCAGACGGGAAAGGCAGCCGGCCUCACGUCUUCUCCUUAGUGCCCAACACCUCCAUGCGGACAGGCCCGGUGCUGGACGUUGCUGCCAGCAGCCAAGAGGAGCUCAAGGAAUGGGUGUUCAAGAUCCGUGAGGUCACCAUGACCUCAGAGGCCAAGCUGGAAGAGGGAAAGAUGAUGGAGAGGAGGAAGAAGAUCGCACUGGAAUUGUCUGAGCUGGUCAUCUACUGCAGGCCUGUGCCGUUUGAUGAAGAUAAAAUAGGCACAGAGCGGGCCUGUUUCCGGGACAUGUCAUCAUUCCCCGAGACCAAGGCAGAGAAGUACGUCAACAAGAUCAAGGGCAAGAAGUUCCUGCAGUACAAUCGACUGCAGCUGUCCAGGAUCUACCCCAAAGGCCAGAGACUAGACUCCUCCAACUAUGACCCACUGACGAUGUGGCUCUGUGGGUCCCAGCUGGUAGCGCUCAACUUCCAGACCGCAGACAAGCCCAUGCAGAUGAACCAGGCCCUUUUCAUGUUGAACGGAAAGAGCGGCUACGUCCUUCAGCCUCCCAUCAUGAGGGACGACAACUUUGAUCCGUUUGACAGACACACACUACGAGGCCUUGAUCAAGUCACUGUAGAGAUAGAGGUUUUGGGCGCCCGGCACCUGCCCAAACACGGACGUGGCAUCGUUUGUCCCCUGAUCGAGAUCGAGGUGUGCGGGGCAGAGUACGACAGUGCCAAGCAAAAAACAGACUCAGAAGCUGAUAACGGUCUGAAUCCCACGUGGCCCCGGAAGCCGUUCCAGUUCACAGUGUGCAACUCUGCGUUUGCCUUCCUGCGCUUCGGGGUGUACGAGAUUGACAUGUUCAACGACCAAAAUUUCUUGGCUCAGGCCACAUUCCCUAUUCAUGGUCUGAAGACAGGUUACCGGUCAGUACCUCUGAAGAACAGCUACAACGAGGAUCUGGAGUUGGCUUCUCUCUUGAUCCACAUGGAUGUCAUCAGAGGCGUGGAUGAAAACGGAGAGGUUCUGAGUCCGUUUCUCGCCAUCGGGGCCACGUCAGUGCCGGCGUCUGCCCCGGCAGGGCAGGAGCGCCUGGGGGAUUUGAGCUCGGUGUCCUCGACCUCCUCCAGCAUGUCUGCUUUGCCCCAGUCCCCGGCCCAGGCCAUGGCCUUCAGGGGGAGGGAGGGCUCCUUUGAGUCCCGCUACCAGUCGCCCCGGGCCGACUUCAGGGUGUCCCAGGAGACACUGUUGGACCACAUGGACUCUCAGAACAGGAGGAUUUUGGGUAGGACCCGAGUGGGCGGAGAGAACCGUGUCUGAGUCCAAGCCAAUCAGGACAAAUUUCUGUUGCACCCCUACACCACCACCGAUCCCCCUCCUCCUCCUCCUCCUCACCCAGUCGCCUCUCCCCGUACCAAUGAUGUCACUGACUGCUGUGAACACUGUUUCCAUGGAAACGCCCACCACCGCUUUGGCCUACAUUUCAGGCAGCUCUCCCUCCCUCCGUUCUCCAACACCCACCCCUCCCUCUCUCUCUCCCUGGCCCGCCGCCCCAGCCUCCUCAGCACUCGCCUGAGGAGGAGGAGAAGGGACUCGGACACAAGAAGAGGGGAGGGGGGCGAGGGGCGGGGGUGGGCGCUGGGAGGAAGCUGACCGCUGCGGACAGGAAGAAGAAGCGGGACAUUCACAGGAGAGCAAAAACAAGUCUGGGGCAAGUCCCAACUGUGGGCUGGUCGUUCGCGGAGCGGCUCCUCCUCUGUUGUGUUCGAGGUGCACUGCAGCUGCUUAGUGAGGAGGGGAAGAAGAGAGAGCUGUACAAGGUAUCAGUUUGAAACUGUUUCCCCCGUCAAGUUUCUUUGCUCUACUCUAUUUGGCAUAUAUGAACAUAUAUAUAUUUAUUCCUGCUAUGCUGUUGGCCCAAGAACAGCAGCAGCAGCUGACCUGCUCUCAAAGAGCUCCUGUAACCAUGUUUUUAAUUAUUAUAAUUAUUUAAACCUUUAAACAUUCAUAAUGUGACUUUUUAUGUAUAUGUGUAAAACACGAGGGCUCCCUAUUGCUAUUUUUAAUGUCUCUCGCGCUCCUCUUUGCUCUGUGGAGGACGGAGUCUCCAGUCUAACACCCUAAUCCUGGAGGGAUUUUUUUCUUCUUCUUUAAAUUCUUUUUUUAUUUUAUUUUUUUACUUUUGGAAAAGCAUCAGGAAGAAAUCGUAACCUGUAGGUGUAGGAAGCAGUGGGCGUAAAAGCAGCCUCGUAUGUUAUUUCUGCACGUAUAAGAACACACACAAAGCCAUUUUUAUUUCCAAUUUACAUUCCAGACACACUGCACAUCAUUCCAUGUCCACGCAUCAGGCCAGUCGGACACAUUCAGACAUCUGUCUCACUCACUUCUGGUCUCACUCCUUCAUGAUUGUGUCUAUUGAAAACCUCACUAUACGAUAAAGCAAGACCAGGGAAAAAUGUUGUGUUCUGAGUAUUGAAUGAUAACUGUAUUUUUUUUUUUUUCCCAUUCAGAUUUUUUUUUUCUGCUUGUAUCAUCUUCCCAACCUGUUUUAAUGGCAUCCCCUCUGUCUCCUCAAUCAUGGGACAGUUCAUAGGGCUUCAGGCCAAAAUGACAAUAAUGAUUACUCUUUUUUUUAUUUUUGGAAUAACCAAGUGGUUUGAGGAACCCGGUUGUAACAUUUAAAAACAUUUUCAUUCAUUCAAUUCAUUCAUGUGAAGGUUUCAAAUUUGUCUGUAUUCCAUAAAUACUGUAAACACACUUGGACAACGGGAGUUGUAGAUUGUAGUUACGUGUUUAACUGUGCGGCCGCGUGUUUCCACCAUUAGGAAAUGUGGAUUUUUUUUUUUUAACUGACAUUUCAAGUCAAAAGUGACAGCACCUUUUAUUCAUUGUUUUAAUUUGUUCCCAGUUGAUAUUACUACAACUGAAGUAUGUUCUAGUAACAGACUAAACUGGUUUUAGGUCCAAAGCAAAGGUUUUUCUUCUGCAACCAGCUUUGUUUUAGUUUGUUAAGUAGAAGUUUAACAUUGUUGACAAACAGCGAGCAAGGGAGAAGGUUUGCAUUGCCAGAGUAAGGUGUUUAAAAAAUCGGAUGCCAUAUUGUUUGCCUUGCCAUAUUGUUUUGCAGCGCCACACAGAAAUGGGGAACUUUUUGUGUUUUAGCUGCUGUGUUGUGCUGGUGAGUUUUGUCACUAAGCUGCUUCACCGGAACCUGCGGGGAUUUUAAGUGGAGCCCGACCGAAAUGGAUUUUUUGGUCCAAACGCGGAUACUGAUAUUAGAGAGUAAAACAUUUCUGCUGCCAAUAUAUCGGGCUGUUGAUAUAUUUGAAAAAAUAAAUACAUUGGCAGUGAUUCCUAAGAUGUCGUUAUCAAACUCUUAUGAGGCUUAAUAUUUUAUAAUUUAACCUUGAAUCUUAUUUCUAAUUACAAUAAAUUAAAAGUUAACCCAUACAAUCAAAUACAUAAAACUUGAUUAAGAAAAUGAACAUAAUUUUAUUUUUUACGUAAAAUGUCAAAUCUGCAUUGUUUAUCCUGUAAAAUAAGAAAAAGUUUUCAUAUGGGCUAACGACGACAUGACUGUAAAAGGCCAAUAUUGACCAAUAAUAUCGGUCGGGCUAUAAUUUUACGUUACACUGCCAUGAUAUAUAGUGUAACUGCUACUGCCCAUUGAUGUAUUUAUGAUGAAAGGUGGUAAAAUGGAGACUGUGUGUAAACAACCAGCUCAACGUGAACGCCAAACACUUCAUAACUGAACAUCUUUAGAUCCUCACUGGCUUCUGUUCAUAAAUCUCCAUUGAACAUCUUCAGACGUAUGUUGAGGUGAACGUCGGUGAAGUUAAAUGUGCAGCGAGUUCCCGUUUCCUGCGUGAGAGCCGAGGCGUCAGGCUUUGUGUCGUGGCCGUAGCUUUCUGUGGCCGGUGGAGGUCGAAGGUGCAGGUCUGGGCCUUCAGUGAGGCCACGUAACUGAUGGUGUUUAUCUUUCCAGGUUUGUGUCAGAACCAGUGUUUUCAUCCAUUUUGUGUGCGACGACUAUACGAUGUAAACUCAGUAUUUCCCCCUCCGUUUUGGACACUGAGACACGCCUAAGCCAUAUGGUAUGAUUUAAGGUAAAGCAGGGACAGAGAGUGAAUGCUCGAGGGCUCACUGAAACUUUUUGGCAUCUUUUUUUUUUCCGUUUGCGUGCCAAUAUUAAUCCCAAAGUUCCUCCGUAUUACAUUUAUUUCCCCUCUCCCUCCAGUGCUGCAUUUCUCUUACUGUCUGCUAACGUUUCUAUGUGCCCACAACUUUGUACACAUCACAUGGAAGCCUCAUCGUUCACUUGCCCUGCCGGGGGCGUAAAGCACCUGCACAGCCGCGGUACACCCACACAGGCGGUGAGACUCAUUUUGACUGUUUGGACUUCCUCUCAGCACUGUGAGAGCAUGUCCAUGACUCUCCUGUUGGGUUAGUUGCUCUUGUUGUGGCAGGGCGACGGACUCUAAAGAGGUGAAAUCGGACAGAAUAACUUCGGACUACCUGUUUGGGUGUACGGGGUCAUUAAGUGUCAUUUGUUUUCACUCCCCCCCCCCCCCAUCUGGUCUGUUCUGUUACUGACAAGUGUCAUUUACAGUCGCCUUUCUGUAAUGUGCCUAAACUAUGGAGAGGAAAAGUAUUCAUUCUAAUUUUUGCCUUUCAUAUGAAACAUAUUCAAGCCUGAAAAGUAAAUAAAAUACUUACUACUUUA